AUGUCAACCAUCGAAACCAGCGUGACCCGCCUCCUUGUGCUGACCAAACAUUUGCUCGAGAGCUUGACCCAAUGGGCACACCAGGAGGCCAGCGACAAAGUCGUCCUGGAUGCCUACGUCAAAUUGGGCAACGAUUUCCGCGCCGCGGUGCGCAGCUUCAGCGCCGCCCGCGUCGACAUAUCCGACUUGGGCGACGUUCCGCGGGCCCUCCGCAUCGUGCUAGAAUCGGCCCUCAGCGAGGAGCCCACCCAGCGAAACUUGGACAAGUUCCUUCCGAAGAUCCGCGGCAUCAUCGUGGCGCUUCUCCAGAGCUUGAAGAACAAACAGGCCCGUGCAAAAGAGCUUGCCGCCGACCUGAACAUGCCCCUGAACAUGAGCCACGACCACCUCCAGGACGAUCGCCCGGGUUCGGCCAUGCCAGCCAAGGCACACAUACUGCCCGGCGCGGCCCCCGAGCACAGCCGCUAUUCGCGUGCCGCGCAGCCGCGCGACCUGCUGCUGGCGUCCAGCGACGCGUUGGCCAAGCUCCAAAAGGGAAACGUGAUCCUGAGGCGCGCCUCCAAAAGGUUCAGCGCGUACCAAUUCGCCAAGCUCGCCAACCUCAGCGGCAGCCACAUGCUGAGGAUAUCCGCGGAGCUUCCCGUGCCGCAGCCCGGCGGAGCCACUGAGGCCGAAGACAUCCACGAGGCGACGUCUCAUUCGACGCCGCUCGGAAAGUCCGCCGAAGACGCGGGCCUGGCCGACUCUUACAUCUUCCUACGAAUCGGGGACAAAACGAAGAAGGUGCAGGUCCAGUUUCCCAUGACCAUGGCGUCGUUGCGCCUCUUGUUUGUGGAGAAGUUUGCCUACUCGCCCAAAACCGCAUCUUUCCCCGAGAUCUACGCCCUAGACCUUCGCACAAACGUGUCCUUCGAGCUCGAGGAGCACCGCGUGGAAGAGGAGGUCAAAACUGGCACGCUUCUCUUGCUCAAGGCGCCCACCGACCAGGAAGAGUCAUUGAGUAGCUUGGAAUCCUCUGUCCAUGUGUUGAAUUCUCGGAUGGACACUCUUUCGUCCGAGCUCGUCAAACAAAUCAAGGACGCCCUUGACUCUGCGCCCAUUUCGGCACACCUUCUGGCUUCACAGGUAUCUCAGCCGGCCACAGCGUCCACUGGCGAGGCUUCGAAAGAGCUCGAACAGCGCAAUGCAAUGUUGACCAAAGCGCUCAAGAACCUACAGCAAGAGUUUAAGGAUGUCUCCCAAAUUCUGCAGGCACGUGAUGCACAGGUCAAACAGUUGACGGCGGCCAUGCAGCACGAAAUUGGGAUGUUGAAAGAGGCUUGUCUCGAAGAAAGCUCGCCGGUCAAAAGCCGUUCUUUCAUGGAAGAAAGCUACACAAGGCUUUCCGAAGACUCGGACUCACUACUCACAAAGGUCGACGACUUGCAGGAUAUGAUGGAAGCUCUCCGAAAGGACGUUGCUCAGAGAGGCGUUCGUUUGGGCGCAAAGCAGUUGAAGUCCACACAGAAGGAAAUCUGCGCGGUCAAGCUGCAACUCUCGGAUCUCAUAGAAUACAUUCGUGACGGGAAGCCAUCCUGGAAGAAAAUAUGGGAGUCCGAGCUUGAUAAGGUGUGCGAAGAACAGCAAUUCUUCAAUUUGCAAGAUGACUUGACCCACGACUUGGAUGAAGACAUCAGGAAAAUUGAAGAGACAUUUGAGCUCAUAGAGAAGUGCAGUGUGCACCAAAGCAAACAAACCCCGAAGAAGAACGCGUUCGCUUCCCAGAUGGUGCUUCCUGGGCCCGGGGAGUCCAUGUACAAUCUACGGGAUGCCGUGCUUAGUGAAGUGUGUGCAUUGAAGCCUGAUCAUGAGAGUAGAUUGGAUGCAAUUGCUAAAGCAGAAAAGAUAAGGGAAAGGGAGAGACAGCUUCAGAGCUUAACUCAGUUCCAAGAAGAGCUUGGCGAUUUUGUGGACGAAAAGAAGUUGAAAAGCUCGGGCGGUAUUGAAGAUCUAGAGAAAAGACGCCAGCAGCAAGAUGCGGAGAAUUUGAAGAGUUCGUUUGGGGUCAUAUAA